GUCACACAGAACUACGCUAAAAACCACAACACUUCUGAGUCCUGAGUACUGGCAUAGGCUACACGACUCACACGAGUACGUUUAGUGCUAACAGCUAAAGUUUUGAAAUUGGGAGUUUUACUUAUGAAUCAAAUCCUGAAAAUGCAAGAAACUGAUUCACCAAGAAGAAUUGGAGUGCAGGAGAAUUUGAUACAUUUUCGUUCGUCUGAAAAUUUAAAAAAUAUGAAGAAGUUUAGAAGAUUAAAAAGAGAAAUUGGAGUGACUCCGAGUACCCAAAUAGACGCAAUGCAACCUGCAACCACAAAAAAACCUUAUGUACAGCCCGAGCCACCCGCAGAGGUGGGCCAGCCGCCCGCAGUGCUGGCCCAGCCGCCCGCAGAGGUGUCCCAGCCAACCGCAGAGGUGGCCCGGCCGCCCGCAGUGGUUGCCCAGCCGCCCGCAGAGGUGUCCCAGCCACCCGCAGAAGUGGCCCAGCCUCCAGCAGAGGUGGCCCAGCCUCCCGCAGAGGUGGCCCAGCUACCCUUAAAGCCGCCACCACCACAUUCGGAGCCUGUGGUACAGACCAAUGUUAAAGGUAUAUGUCGUGAUUUUAUACGAGGAACGUGCAAUCGUGAAGGGACAUGUAAGUUCUCUCAUAAUUGUGAUAGUUCCACUGAUUUAGUGGGCGUCUACACUUUUUGUCGUGAUUAUCAAACUAAAAAGUGUAGAUAUCUAUCUAGAUGCAAAUAUGUACAUGCUAAUAUAUUCGAGGAGCAAAGGUUUUAUAGAACCGGGUACUUACCACCACAUGCAUUUGCAUGUGGUGGUAAAAACCCGAUGUACAAUAUACUAACAGAAAGACAAACAAAGUGA